UCUGCGUUGUUGAAUUCGCACCGCCUUCGAAUUCGCUCACAGGUCAAAAUGCAGAUCUUCGUGAAGACCCUGACCGGCAAGACCAUCACCCUGGAGGUGGAGCCCAGUGACACCAUCGAGAACGUGAAGGCCAAGAUCCAAGAUAAGGAAGGCAUCCCCCCUGACCAGCAGAGGCUCAUCUUUGCGGGCAAGCAGCUGGAAGAUGGCCGCACUCUUUCUGAUUACAACAUCCAGAAAGAGUCGACCCUGCACCUGGUCCUGCGUCUGUGGGGUGGCUGUUAAUUAUUCAGUCUUGCAUUCAUAAUGCCCAGUGAUGGCCACUCUGCACUCUAGCUAUUUGCCCCAAUUUAAGAUAGUUUCAGUAAUAGCUGAACUUGUUCAAAAUGUUAAUAAAGGUUUUGUUGCAUGGUAAGAAAAAAAAA